AAUAAUUAUGUCAUGGAUAUUGCCUAUCAAGUUUAACAUUUUUAUCUGUAUUUAGAAGGUUUUAAAUAGAAGCAAAUACCUUACUAACUGUGGAAUGAAUGAAUUAGCAAUGAUUGACAUACAAAAUCGGGGAGUAUCUGAAAAGUAAUGUCGAAUAUUUAAAAAAAGUUUAACAAUUUCUCUGUUUUCAAAUUGUUAUAAAUAUAAACAAAAGAUUUUUCAGGACAAACAUUUUUCUAUUAGCAUUUAGAAUCUCAGACGUAACAUAAAGAAUUUUGCCAUUAAACAAAUGUUUUCUUAUUAUGUGGGCAAGUAGUAAUUUUUAAAUCGUCAAGCAUAAAAACCACUCUUAAAGCGACUACAAUAAAAUAUACUUUCGUUUAACUGAUGAAUUGUUAUCAACAGCAGCAAAAAAUAAAACACUGAUUUAAAAUGACAUUAACGCUACAGAAAUGAUAAGAAAUUACAUUUCAUUAAUUAGACACUAUGUAUGUUAUAUUCCGUGCUUCAACAAGUUUACUAAGUGAGAGAUUUUUUUAAAUAUUGCGAUGCGAUUUUUUAAGAAAUCAUUGUUGAAAUAUUCAACAAUAUCUACAUCUCGAAAGAUUAGUCAAGCGGUUCCAGAUAUUCGAAUAUACGAAGUAGGUCCAAGAGACGGUCUUCAAAAUGAGUCUAAGUUUGUACCAACUGAUAUAAAAGUAGAACUUAUUCACAAACUCUCUGAAGCAGGAAUCAAAGAUAUUGAAUGUGCCAGCUUUGUAAGUCCAAAAUGGGUAAAACAAAUGAGUGAUGGUACUGAAGUUAUGAAAACUAUCAAAAGGGUACCUGGUGUUAACUAUCCAGUAUUAAUACCCAAUCUAAAAGGAUAUGAGGCAGCUAAACAAUGUAAUAUUGAAGAAAUAGCAAUAUUUCCUGCUGGUUCAGAGGGUUUCUCUCAGAAGAAUUUAAAUUGUUCUAUAGAAGAAGGAUUAAAACGGUUCAAACUGGUCGCUGAUCAGGCUAUUAAAGAUGGAAUGAGAGUCAGAGGUUACGUUUCAUGUGUUGUAGGCUGUCCCUAUGAUGGUCCAAUAAAUCCAAAAGGGAUUGCCAAGAUAACUGAAGAGUUGUUUACAAUGGGUUGCUAUGAGGUAUCACUGGGUGACACUAUCGGAGUGGGAACAGCCGGCUCAGUGAAGAAAUUAAUGAAUGAGGUUAUAAAAGUAGCAACACCUGACAAAAUAGCACUUCACUUCCAUGAUACAUACGGACAGGGGCUAUCUAACUUACUGGCUGGGUUGGAGUUCGGUAUUAAAACUGUGGAUUCGUCUGUGUCCGGACUUGGCGGGUGUCCGUAUGCCCGUGGUGCGAGCGGGAACCUUGCUACUGAGGACCUUGUAUACUUUCUCUACGGGCUAGGAGUGAACACUAACAUAGACCUGGUCAAACUCAUAGAAGCUGGCCGCUACAUAUCAAACUUCCUCGCAAAACCGACCGAGUCCAAAGUCAACCGUGCCAUCGGGGAUAGAUUUAAAAAUCAUAAAGAUAUUAUAAAAAUAGCGUCUUGUACUUUAUAAGAGAACAAAGAAUUGCAUUGUAAACAAAGAGAAAAACACAUGUAAAUAGUGAUGUAUAUAUUUAUGUUUGUGCAAUAAAACAAUGUUUGUAUUCAUAAA